UCGUCUCUGGUGGAUGUCUUUGGGUAUUCCGAAGACAGCCAAACCAAUACGAUAUCCCUUGUGCGGAGAGUGGAGCAACGCCACGAAGACGAACAAAAUAGCAGUCGUCGAAAUCUGCCGCCUAAAACGGAUUGCGAAAUUCAGCAGUGCCUAGAAAAGGUCCCCGAGGGCCCGAUCUUGGACUUCCUGAUCGACUACUUUGUGCGCGAAGUAAACUGGAUGGACCAGCUUGUUCACCUCCCUUGGCUCCUAAACCAAUACCAACUUUGGCGGACCGUCAAAGCGCCGUCGUCUAUCUUCGAGAUCGAGUUCACGGUUCUCCUUCUGAGGAUAUGCUCGUAUACAUCCGAAUUUCUCCCUUCUCCGUCCUGCACCAUUGACAGGAUCCGGGGCAUAUCUUUGGCGGAUAUUCGCCACUCUUGCGACGAGGCUGCUGACAGUCUUUUGAAACUGGGUCUUCGCUUCGAUUCUCAGGGUGGUCUUCUUCGCGUCCAACAUCUAGCUUUUGCUGGAUUAAAGGCCAGGUGCGAGGGACGGAUGAAUGAGUUCCGACAUGCGCUGAGGUCCACAAUUCAAGUGGCUCAACAGAUUGGAGCCGAUAAAGACGCCUCUCGAGGCCUGGACGAGUUAGAGAAAGAAACGCGCCGCAGGAUCUUCUGCAACCUGUAUAUAUGGGACAGCCAUCUAUCGCGGCAGUCAGACCGCAUUCCAAUUCUUCCUGGUGGGUUAGAGCCGGAGAAUAUGCCGCGCAUGCGCCUUGGUCCCGAUAUAGAUGAGGACGCUCAUGGCUUCGAAGUAUUCACCGAGCGCAUUUCCCAAGCUCGCCUGGCGAAUUUCUGGAAGGCCACGGGCCCACGUUUAGGAUCCAAGUAUGAUAUCCUUGUAGCCGAAGAGAGAUAUGAAAAGUUCUGCAGCCAGUUUCUGUCCACACUGCAAUCUGCUUUUGCACUCCAACCAGAUAAGCAGUGGGACAAGCAGCUUCCCAUGCUCCCUCAACAAAGAGAGAUAUUGUUUAUCUCUAUCUUCGAGUCUCUGUGCUACAACUUUCGGCCGGUGCUGUUCCUGGAGACCAGUGAGGUCCAGGAUCUUCCACUGUACAAGCAACUCUUGGUACAGUCCCAACGAAAGGCGUUGGCGGCUGCGGCACUUUUUGUUCUACAGGGGGUCGAAAGACUGCAUGCUCUGCUUGGGGGCGCUCAAACGCGGUAUACGGGAAUCAUUCAGCCGACGUUUGAAGCUGCAGUGCUUCUAGUAUCACUCUGCGUUGAUCCAAGCUUUCUUGGUCUUUCAAUCGGGGAGGAAAGAAUGGAGAAUGUCGAGGUUGAAGACAAUCGUCCUACAACUAUGACUACUACUACCAGGAUCGAUCCUCUACGGACCGACAUGAUAAACCUCAGACGAGAGGAGUGCAUCCGAGCAAUAUGGAAUGCACUCAGUCGCCUGCAGAUGCUUGCGGAAGUCAGCAAAAUGGCAGACGUGGGAGCGCAAACUCUUGCCGAUUUGGUCCGUAAACUGGACAAGUAGGCCGCAGGCGCACAGAGAAUGGAAGAGACGAGAGAGACGAAGAAAGCUUCGAUUCUAGUAGGGGGUAUUCGAUGUGAAUGUUGAUAUGAAUAUGAGCUAGGGCUGUUCCAUUUGGCUCCUAGCCGUUGAACUGAAGUCAACUGCAUGGUCUCUUACUUUGACACUUACAUAUCAUGAUUCAACUUUUCGCGCGAUCUUAUUCCUCGUUGUCAAUCUACUCAUAGAUACACAUUGUGACCCUUCUACUUGGG